AUGUCACUAACGGUAAAAAUUGUGCAAUUUCAGUUGCCAAAGACCAAAUCAAAUUUAAUCGCACGCGUCGAAUUUCGAGGUGUUGCUCAUAUUACAUCGGAGCUGAGUGCAGACUCAAACAUUAUAGAUGUCAAUCAGUCGUUUAUUUGGCCGCUGGCUCGACCGGCCACAGAUGAAGAGCCACUCAUCGUCGAGUUGCGCACACAGACCACAAAGACACUGCUACGCACCGGGCUCAGUCAUGCCUCUGGCGGUUUGAUGGGUGGCGGUGGGAAUAGUAGCAGCGGCGGCAGCAUGAGUGGCAUCAUCAGCAGUAGCAGCAAAUGUGUUGGACAAUACAUUGUGUUGAUGCAAGGUUUGAUCAGCGCUGGCUACAUACGAGUCGAAGACCAACUGGUGGAUAUAUCGUCCAACAAGCCAAUCCAGGCACUUGUUGUAUUCGAAGCGAGAUACACAUCGCCCGACGAUGCUGCUGGCAAUUUUGAGCCGACCAAUCUGGUGCGACCCAUACAGGAGCAGCACAAUAUUAGCUGCAGCAGCCAAAGCUUGGACGAUGAUCAACAGAUGCUUCUCGACAUCGAGCAGAACAUAGCUAAUCUGGAGCGUAGUCUGAAUCGAGAACCGGGCGGUCAUGGCACAAGCGGCGCUAGAACCGCCUCCAGCGGCAGCGAAUCGCACGGCACACAAAAGAAGCGGCAUCUGCUGCGCCGCGUUAUGACCGCCGCCCAACACAGCACCACAAGCGUCACCACCAACCGCCAAAGAAUCGAACUGAAAUUUGAUAAAUUCGGCAAAUCACCUACAACGGGCCGCAGCGGCAGCAUCACUACACUACUCACCACCACACCCAACUCGAAUGCCCACACCAACACCGCCACAGACAGCAAAAGCGCUAGCGCACUGGCCGCCGCUAUGCGCGCCUCCGAAAGUCCACCGAGCAAGGAGAAGAAACUCUCUAUGCGCACCGUGCGGAACAUCAUGCGUCUGGGCCGCAGCAGACAGACGUCGCAGUCGCGUGACAGCAGCACCGAAGAUGAGGGCAGAUCACCGUUAAUUUUCGAACCGGAUGCGGCGCCCACCGUAGCCACUUCAGCUACAGAAGCUGAAACCGAUAAUGCGUUGCACACACGGCGCCUCACCGUUAGAAACAGAUGUGGAGAGGGCGUGUCUGCCCACGCAACAGGCACCGACAGUGGGCAAUCGAACCAAUCAAGUGACGUUGAGGAGCUACAACAACAACAACACUAUGAUAAAGGCAAAAUGAUCAAAGCAAUGACACACGCUACCGACCAUCUCAAGUCCCAGGACUUUCAAGUUUGCAUUACUGUGAUUGAAGCGCGUCAGCUGCCUGGCCUCAACAUGGAUCCAGUUGUAUGCAUUCAAGUGGGUGAUCAAAAGAAGUAUACCAGUGUCAAGGAGAGCACCAAUUGCCCCUACUAUAAUGAGUAUUUCGUGUUUGACUUUCACAUGCCUCCGGUGAUGCUCUUUGAUAAGAUUAUAACUUUGUCGGUCAUUCAAUCACGGAAAUUUUUACGAUCAGGAACACUUGUUGGUUCCUUUAAGAUUGACUUGUCUACCGUUUACGAUGCACCGGAUCAUCAAUUCUACCACAAAUGGGCUUUACUUACCGAUCCCGAUGAUUUUUAUAGUGGUCCGAAAGGUUAUCUGAAAUGUGACAUUGGUAUUAUUGGCAAAGGUGAUACCGUAAAGGUGCCUCAAAAAUCAGAAAAGGAUCCUGACGACAUCGAAGCUAAUCUACUGCUCCCAGUUGGCGUACCUAUUGAGCGUCAACGUGCUAAGUUUAUUGUGAAAAUAUACCGUGCCGACGGUCUACCGCGCAUGAAUUCUUCGCUUAUGGCCAAUGUAAAAAAAGCUUUUACGGGCGAGGCGAAAGAUUUGGUGAGCCCUUAUGUGCAGGUCUCCUUCGCUGGGCUAAUGGGCAAGACGACAGUUAAGAAAAAUGCUUACGCACCUGUUUGGAAUGAACAACUAGUAUUCACCGAAAUGUUUCCGCCACUGUGUCAGCGUAUUAAGAUUCAACUGCGCGAUGCCGAUCCAAUGAAACCGGCCAUUAUUGGCACACAUUACAUUGAUCUUAAACAGAUUUCGAACGACGGUGAUAGAGGGUUUCUUCCCACCUUCGGACCUUCGUUCAUACAUCUAUAUGGUUCCACACGUGAUUACACGCUGCUCGAUCAACAUUCGAACUUAAACACUGGCUUGGGUGAGGGUGUCAGCUACCGCGCACGUCUGCUACUCGCCAUACGCACUGAAAUAACGGACAACGUGGAAAUGACAACGGAGAAGAAUGUCGAACUGGAACCAGCAUAUCCGAUUUCAGAGUCCUCCUACUCACGCAAUGAAGAAUUCUUUCUUUUUGGUUCUAUUAUAGAGGCUUCAAUGCUAGAUAAGAAAGUUAGCGACAAGACGGUUUUCUUCGAACUUAGUAUGGGUAAUGCAGGUAAUUCUUUAGAUGGGCAUAAUGAAAGCUUCUCUACGGCCACUGAGGAUGGUGAGGAUGGCUGUGUGCUGGAAACGGUCGAUACGACAUCUUUCAGCAGCGUCACAAACGCUUGCAAGCCUAUCAGUCAUGAUAAGUCACAUUACUAUUUGCCUUAUUGGGACUAUAAGCCAUGCAUGGACGUGCGCUGCACACUUCCAGAUCUAAGACGGCGUAUGUAUAAUAGUAACAUGUUAUCGAAAAUGUCCGAGAAAUUGGAGGAGGGUUUGGUGAAGACGAAAAAGCUGAUAGAAGAUGAAGACGUGAAGGCGGAAGUGCGCUUACGCACCACACUUGAAGAUCUCGCCUCAGCCUGUGCUCGAUAUCUAAGCAUAACGAAGGCGAAUGCUGUUGGACCGGGUAGUGGUAAAACGAAGCUAGACAAGGAACGCAUGAAACUGUGCCAGAAUGAAAUCGAAAAUCUGGGCAACUUGGCACGCAAUCUUCGCGCACUGGUGACUCGUAGUUCACUCAAAGAGCGUUUUAAAACAGCACUGACGUUCCAACAAAAGCUUAAAUUUCUUAUCGACGAUCCGCAACACUCGUUACCGGACAUUUUCAUUUGGCUCAUCGCCAAUGGCAAACGAUAUGCUUACCAUCGCAUGUCAGCUCGCGAUUUAAUUUACUCUAAUAUCGAGGAGGAAAGUGGAGUGCAUUGUGCUAAAAUACAGUCCAUCUUCUUGAGAUUACCUGGCAAACAGUCCAUAGGUCCAGCCAGCUGGUUUAUACAGGCCAAACUUUCUAUUUAUCUCUGGUUAGGCAUUGUAAGUCAUAAAGGACAUUUCUUUGAGGGUCUACCCAUCGGCUAUGAUCUGUCGCAUGAGUUGCGCAAUGCGGAAAGGCCUGGCGCUAUGGCACCGAAUAAUAUACAUUAUCUUGAAAAAUCUACAUUUCAACUACGCGCCCAUAUUUAUCAGGCACGUUCUCUAAUUGGUUCGGAUGCGUCUGGACUCAGUGACCCUUAUGCCACUGUAUAUAUCACAGAAUUCGCUAAGACAACGCAAGUCAUCGAGGAAACAUUGAGUCCUACAUGGGAUGAAUUACUGGUUUUUGACGAAAUUCUUGUUUUCGGCAGCAAAGAUGAAAUCAAGAAAGAUCCACCCACAAUUAUUAUCGAGAUUUACGAUCAAGAUAAAGUUGGCAAAUCUGAAUUUAUUGGACGCGCCAUUGCGAAACCACGUGUAAAACUACGGGAGAAUCCCUACACCACACCAACGCUAGAAUGGUUUGAUAUUAUCCGGGGUCAUGAGAAUGCUGGCGAAUUAUUAGCAGCUUUUGAAAUGCUCGAAAUUGGCUCCACUGAUAUGCCACGCCUAACAGAACCAAAGCAACUACCGAGUGGUCAACAAGUGGAGAAGUUGAAAGAGAAAAAUGCGCCACCGCCACCAGGUACCAUUUUACCGGUGCCGAAGGAAGUGCGUCCGCAUUUGGCGAAAUUCAAACUAGAAGUGUUGUUCUGGGGCUUACGUGAUCUCAAGCGUGUACACUUGAUGUCAGUUGACAAGCCCCGUAUUGAUGUGGAGUGUUCCGGCAAAAUUCUGAGUUCCAAUAUUAUACAGAAUGCAAAGAAGAAUCCGAAUUUCCCAAGUAUGCUGAAAUCCAUUGAGUUAGAACUACCACUGGAAGAAACGUAUGCACCACCAAUAACUAUACGUUGCGUGGAUUGUCGCUCGUUCGGUAGAUAUACUUUGGUAGGGACACAUCAAAUUACAUCGAUGCACCGCUACAUUUAUAAGCCCCCGCCAAAGGAAGACAUCACUAAAUAUAAAACAAUGGGUGGACAGAUUAUACUUUCAGCACCGCUUAAUGAGGAGGGUUUGAGUAAUCUCGUUGACGGUUUCAAUAUGCAAGCAAUGAUUGCGGCCAAUGCGCAUCAGGCGAACAUGAAAGACUUUUAUGGAAAUCGUCGUUCAUCCUGUGAUCAAUUUACCCUCUACGGUGCCGCCUGCGUUACAAAAUUGGCCAAGAAGCAAGCAUCAAAGAAAAGAUCAGCGCAAAUAAAUAAUGCAAAUGAGAUAAUGAUCGAUCAGGAUCAUGAUGAUCAGCUUAGCCGUGAUUGGUGGACUAAGUAUUUUUGGUCCUAUGAACGGCUUAUCGAUUUGACGAAAACGGAAAAAUCACACGCCUCCGAAAAAUUUCUAGCCCCGCCCGCUAACGCCACUACUACCAAUGUACAGAAAUUUGGCAUCAAAGGAGCCAAGUUGGUGCAGAAGCUGAGCCCAAAAGGAAUGACUGCUUUAUCGCGGGAUAAGCAUGACCCCAAUAGUGAAAAGGUAUCUCCAAACCAGCAGACUAAUAGGAACAAUAUGAAUACGACAGCUAUGUGUCAGAUCUACCCCAAUGAACUGGAGGCUCAACUAGAAUACAAUUACUUCCGCGAAUGGCUUCAUUCCUUUCCACUUUACCGUGGAAAGAAGACGGGCGAUUCCGCCGAGGACGACAAUCGCACUGUUGGAUUCUUUAAAGGUGCCAUAAAAGUGUACAAACUACCGCCACCAAAAGGCACUGAACUGCCUAUACCGAAUUUACCCACAAAUGAUCCACUUCAUGUACUUGUACGUAUUUAUAUAAUAAAAGGAACCGACUUACACCCAAUGGACUUAAAUGGGAAAGCAGAUCCUUACGUUGUGUUACAAUUGGGUAAUAAGAGAAUAUCAGACAAGGAGAACUAUGUUAGCAAACAACUCAACCCGAUAUUCGGAAAGUGUUUUGAAGUAGAAGCAAUCUUUCCGCAAGAUUCAAUGCUUACGGUGCAAAUAUUGGACUGGGAUUUAGUGGGAUCUGAUGAUCUGAUUGGCGAAACGAGAAUCGAUUUAGAGAAUCGCUAUUAUAGUAAGCAUCGAGCAACUUGCGGGUUAGCGCUGAGAUAUGAAGUAUGUGGAUACAAUCAAUGGCGCGAUCCCAUGAAACCCACACAGAUACUCUCAAAGCUGUGCAAAGAAAACAAAUUAGACACCCCACAUUACUUUCAAGAUCGGGUAGCCAUUGGCAAAUACUGCAUGACCUUUUCUGAUGAGGAGGUAAUAGCAUGGAAUGGACCGACAACUUGUAGAAAUCGUGACGAACAUCUGGCGCUUGCGGUGCUGCACAGAUGGAGUGAAAUACCAAAAGUGGGUUGCAAGAUUGUGCCCGAGCAUAUAGAAUCACGACCUCUCUACAAUCCCGAAAAGCCCGGUAUUGAGCAGGGUAAGAUCGAAAUGUGGGUCGAUAUGUUUCCCAUGGAUAUGCCCUUACCAGGUCCACCUGUGGAUAUAUCACCGCGUAAGCCAAAGGAGUACGAAUUGCGAGUCGUGAUAUGGAAUACCGACGAUGUUGUACUGGAAGAUGAUGCUUUCUUCACAGGAGAAAAAAUGUCAGAUAUUUAUGUAAAAGGUUGGCUUACGGGGCCACAAGAUAUGCAAGCAACAGAUAUACAUUAUCGUUCACUUACUGGUGAGGGCAAUUUCAAUUGGCGUUUCAUAUUUCCAUUCGAGUAUCUGGCGGCAGAAGAACGCAUUGUACUCUCUAGGCGCGAGUCACUAUUCAGUUGGGAUGAAACAGAGGUCAAAAUACCAGCGCGUCUCGAACUACAAGUAUGGGAUGCGGAUCACUUUUCAGCUGAUGAUUUCCUUGGUGCGAUUUCAUUUAAUCUGAAUCGUUUUCCACGUGGCGCAAAGACCUCCAAACUAUGUACACUGGACAUGCUUAAAUCAGACACUACAUUGCCCACCGUGAAUAUAUUCAAGCAAAAACGUGUGCGCGGCUGGUGGCCGUUCUAUGUGAAGAAACAGAAUGAAGAAAUGGAGCUAACUGGCAAGGUGGAAGCUGAGUUCCAUUUGCUAACAAAGGAAGAAGCCGAACAGAAUCCAGCCGGUUAUGGACGCAGCGAGCCGGACCCACUAGAGAAACCAAACCGCCCAGAUGCUUCCUUCAUGUGGUUCCUAAAUCCGCUCAAAUCUAUACGCUACAUUGUCUGGCAUAAUUACAAAUGGGCCAUACUAAAGGCGCUGCUUAUAUUUGCCAUUUUCUUCUUCUUAAUUCUCUUCGUUUAUUCGGUGCCUGGAUAUUCGGUAAAGCGGUUGCUAGGCGCCUAAAGGGAAGCAAAGCGCCAGUGUUGAAUGCUUCAAAUCAAUCAAAAUUGUUAAGGUUAUUAUUUUCAUUUUUAUUUUCAUGUUCUAACUCGAAAAUUGCGGAUACAAAGUAUUUUUUUAUUGUUUAAAUUUUUGUUCGGGAAAGUUUGCCAAAGUAAUAGUACGAAAAUGUCGUAAUCUCUUUUGCUGUAAAUCCAGAAUUUAUACAUAUGGAAUGUAGUGGCUAGCUUUCCUGCCAAAGAAGGAAAAGCAGGUUUUUAAACCAAGGCAGCCAAUUGGCUCAUAAAUUCGUGAACAAACUCAG